AUCAAAGAUCUUCCACGUAAUAUCCGGCGAAUCUUCCGUUCACUUCGAACUUGCUAUCAUUGCCUUCCGCCUUCUAGCUCAGCUUCCGGUCCUCAGUAUCAACUAUGGCCGUUCUCUGAGCAACCAUAUCAAGCAGUUCAUCCCUAUUUCGAAAUGCAGACCAAGACUCCUAGAAGCAGUCUCACCUAGGCAAGGCCAUCGCCCACAGCCACUCAACUCGAGAAUCCUCGACACAUGGGACAUGGACGCGACAGAUGCUAGAGACCGUAUAUUCGGACUUCUAGGAAUGGCGAGUGACGUGGAGGAACUUGGUAUACGAGCGGACUAUACAAAGCCUUGCUCUGACAUAUACACGACCGUCGCCGCGGCCUUUCUAGAGCGCCAGAAGAACAUACAGAUUCUAUCGAGAUGCCGCUUCCCCAAGAAACAGCUCAACUUGCCGACGUGGGUCCCGGACUGGUCCGAUUUUCCUCUGUCGUAUCUCUGGAAUGCAUAUUUCAGUCUCUUCUCUGCCGGGAAAUGCGCCCGUAAGCAAACGCUCCGCGUGUCAGGCAACUCGCUCAUUAUUCUCGGGGCCAGUGUCGACGUCGUGGGUAUAGUGGGUUGGUCAUGGGACUCAGCGAUCGUAAAAGAAGCGAACGACACAACUAUCACAGCACAAAAGGGCCUAGGCGAAAUCACUACCCUCGUUAGCACAAACUGCGCCGCGUAUCCAACGGCCGAAGCCAGAGAAGAUGCCGUCUGGCGGACAUCCAUCUUGGAUCAGGAUAUCGCAAUGCUCGGUAAGGCAGAUAGAUGGAGUCGGCGAGCUACGCCACUUAUGCAUAGCGGAUUCAAAGCAUUCUAUGGAUCUGGGCUAUGGCCCAACGCUGAGCAACACCACGCAGUAGCUACUUUCGUCGGGGCUAUGGUAGCCGCCAAUGAGGACCGCCGGUAUUUUACGACGAGGGGAGGCUAUCUCGGUAUUGGUCCUGUGGGCAUUCGUAGCGGCGAUCUAGUUUGUAUCAUCCUUGAUGCCGAUGUGCCGUUUGUACUCCGAAAAAGUGCAGCCAAUGGUGCCGGAAAUGCUCAAUUCGAGCUCGUCGGAGAAUGCUACGUUCACGGAAUCAUGGAUGGGGAGUUCCUGAGGAGUAAUCCUGAGAUUCUAGAAUUUACUUUAGUGUAGUCUCCCUUGUUGAGGGAUCCAAACUUGAAUGAUUUGAAGCAGAGUAUACUGGAAGAUGGACGUAGGGAUUUUGAGGGAAACGAGAAGUCUUUGCGAGUGCUGGGUAGGGAUGAAUGGACAUAGUGAAU